ACUAACUUAUGAACACUUCCCAAGUCCCAACUUCACGACAACGAACUUUAAGUUAAAAAUAUUACGAAAUUGGAACCCCAACCCCCACUCUCUUUAUUCUGCUUAAUCUCUACUUCUACUUCUUCUGGGUCUCUGAAAAUCCCUGCAAAGUUUCGAGCUUUAAGCUUUAAGCAGCUUAAUUAAGCUUAAGCUGCAAAUCCUCUACCGCCGCAGAAAUCCCAGAAUCCAGAGAUUGAAGGAAGUGGAUCUGGCUUCUGGGUUUCACGUGAAACAGAGAGAGAUGAGAGCGUGAGCUACUUCUGAAGCUUUCCGUUUUGGGAGCUGAGAAAGUGCUUAAUGCAAAAGCAGCUUAUUAAUUGAGUGAGUAAUGAAGCGGAAGGCGGGUCCGCAGAAAGCGCAGCAAAAAUGGAAGAGGAAGCUUUUGGCUUUGAUUCUGGUGGGGCUCUGCUUCGGGGCGUUGGUGCUGCUGAUGCACACUCGCUACAGUCGGAUUAUGACCCUCGUUUCGUUGCGAAAUUCUCAGCAAAAUCAACGGCCUAAGAUCGCCUUCUUGUUCAUCGCUCGCAAUCGCAUUCCGUUAGACGUUCUUUGGGAUGUUUUCUUUCAGGGAGGGGAGAGUAGGUUUUCGAUUUAUGUUCACUCAAGGCCGGGGUUUCUGUUCAACAAGGCCACCACAAGAUCAGUUUUUUUCUUGAAUCGUCAAGUCAAUGAUAGUAUACAGGUAGAUUGGGGAGAAGCAAGCAUGAUUGAAGCAGAGCGUAUAUUACUCAGACACGCACUCGAGGAUCCUCUCAAUCAACGCUUUGCCUUUGUUUCUGAUAGCUGCAUUCCCCUCUACAAUUUCAGCUAUAUAUAUGACUACAUCAUGUCAGAGAGAACCAGUUUCGUAGACAGCUUUGCUGAUACGAAAGAGGGCCGCUAUAAUCCAAAAAUGUAUCCUGCAAUUCCUGUCCAUAACUGGAGAAAAGGAUCACAGUGGACUGUUUUGACCAGGAAGCAUGCCGAGGUUGUAGUGAAAGACGAUACAGUCCUUCCUAUGUUUCAGUUGCACUGCAAGAGAAAAUCGCUACCUGAGUUUUGGCGGGAUCGUCCCAUUCCCGCUGAUACAUCCAAGGAGCACAAUUGCAUUCCGGACGAGCAUUAUGUUCAGACAUUACUGGCUCAAGAAGGCCUUGAAGGAGAACUCACACGUAGAUCACUGACACACACGUCAUGGGAUUUAUCAUCCUCUAGAGACCGUGAACGCCGUGGAUGGCACCCUUUGACUUACAAAUAUUCAGAUGCUACUCCCACGCUUAUUGAAUCGAUAAAGGAGAUAGAUAAUGUCUACUACGAGACUGAAUACCGGAGAGAAUGGUGUAGCAGCAAGGGAAAACCAUCUCGUUGCUUUCUUUUUGCUCGAAAAUUUACCCGCCCUGCUGCUCUCAGGCUUCUUAACACGACUGCACUGAAACUCAACCGGAGCAACGAUUAAAGUCUAACCGGUGGUAAAGUUUAUUUUCCGGUAAACCGGCUAGUGAUUGAUCCAUGGUAGGAAAUAGUAAUUAGAUUUGCAAUGAGAGGAAUAAACGAAAGAGGAGGUUGUGUAUAUUUUGUGGGGGUAAAGGUGUUUACUGUGGUAUGUAUUCUUUUUAGAACAAAAGAAAAAUAAGAAUCGGUAUUGAAGUGAAUGGUUGUAUGGGGAUUUAAGUCGAGACGGUGAGAGAUUCAUUAUCACCUCAUACUGAGAUCACAUUAAGCACGCCUCGAGCCCUCUCGGGUUAGGGUGGCAUAUUGCACCCAGAUCAAAAAAUAAAAAGCAACCAUUGCAUUCUUUCGUUAA